AUGUUGUUUUGUAGUGAAAAAUGUGGAGUUUCUGUUGCUAUUUCUUUGGCUGAUAUGCAUUUCUGUGAAUCCAACAAAAUUCAGUUCAAAUAUUUCCAACUAGAACCAGCUCCUCAAUUCAAGGAUCAACCGCGUUCACCUUACCGGCUUUUUAUGGAAAGCUUCAGCAAAGGAAAAGAGAUGGAAAGUAAUAUUGAAGUUGAGAGAUUAGGGUUUCAAAUGUGGCAAACUAUGUCUAACCAGGAGAAGUUACCAUUUGUCUCUCAUGCUAAAUUAUUGGAUUAUGGUCAUCGACAAGCUUUGAAACGUGAACUAGUGAGAUUAUAG